AUGUUCCUGUCCAAGCCCUCCAACCGCUUCCCCCUCCCUUCCCAAGCCAUUCCCCGAUCCCGGAGCAGCAGCAUUCCUGUUUCCUCUUCCAGAUGGAUCCCAGGGGGACGAGGCUGGUACCCACUGUGCUCCCAACUGCAUCCCGACCGCAUCCCGACUGCAUCCCAACCACAUCCCAGCUGCAUCCCGACCGCAUCCCAGCCGCAUCCCGACCGCAUCCCGACUGCAUCCCGACCGCAUCCCAGCCACAUCCCAGCUGCAUCCCGACCGCAUCCAAACCGCAUCCCAGCUGCAUCCCAGCCGCAUCCCAGCCGCAUCCCAGGUGCGUCCCAACUGCAUCCCAGCCGCGUCCCGACCACAUCCCGACCGCAUCCCAGCCGCAUCCCGACCGCAUCCCAGCCGCAUCCCGGGCGCAUCCCAGCCGCAUCCCGACCACAUUCCGGGUGCAUCCCGGGCACAUCCCAGCCGCAUCCCGACCGCAUCCCGACCGCAUCCCAACCGCAUCCCAACCACAUCCCGACCGCAUCCCAGCUGCAUCCCAACCGCAUCCCGACCGCAUCCCAGUCGCAUCCCAGCCGCAUCCCGACCGCAUCCCAGCUGCAUCCCAACCGCAUCCCGACCGCAUCCCAGCCGCAUCCCAGCCGCAUCCCGACCGCAUCCCAGCCGCAUCCCGACCGCAUCCCGACCGCAUCCCAGCCGCAUCCUGACUGCAUCCCGACCGCAUCCCAGCCGCAUCCCGACCGCAUCCCGGCCGCAUCCCGACCGCAUCCCAGCUGCAUCCCGACCGCAUCCCAGCCGCAUCCCGACCGCAUCCCAGCCGCAUCCCGACCGCAUCCCGACUGCAUCCCAACCGCAUCCCGGCUGCAUCCCGACCGCAUCCCAACCGCAUCCCAGCCGCAUCCGGACCGCAUCCCAGCCACAUCCCAACCGCAUCCCAGCCGCAUCCCGACCGCAUCCCAGCCGCAUCCCGACCGCAUCCCAGCCGCAUCCCGACCGCAUCCCAGCCGCAUCCCGACCACAUCCCGACCGCAUCCUGACCUCAUCCCAGCCGCAUCCCGACUGCAUCCCUACCGCAUCCUGACGGCAUCCCGACCGCAUCCCGACCGCAUCCCAGCCGCAUCCCAACUGCAUCCCGACCGCAUCCCGACCGCAUCCCAGCCGCAUCCCGACCGCAUCCCAGCUGCAUCCCAACCGCAUCCCGACCGCAUCCCAGUCCCAUCCCAGCCGCAUCCCGGCCGCAUCCCGACCGCAUCCCAGCCGCAUCCCAGCCGCAUCCCAGCCGCAUCCCAGCCGCAUCCCGACCGCAUCCCGACCGCAUCCCGACCGCAUCCCGGGCGCAUCCCAGCCGCAUCCCAGCCGCAUCCCGACCGCAUCCCGGCCGCAUCCCGGCCGCAUCCCAGCCACAUCCCGACCGCAUCCCGACCGCAUCCCGACCGCAUCCCGACCGCAUCCCGACCGCAUCCCAGCCGCAUCCCAGCCGCAUCCCAACUGCAUCCCGACCGCAUCCCGACCGCAUCCCAGCCGCAUCCCAGCAUCCAGGCGGAUCCCAUCCAGCCCCCGCUGGGUUCCCGGAUGUGCGCUCCCGGCGAUGGGGCCGCUGCGGGGCCGAACGGCUCCGUCCCCGGCUCCGUCCCCGGCUCCGACCCCGGCCCCUGCCCCGGCCCCGACCUAAACCUCGGUUUCUGGGGGUG